GUGCUCGGAGUCGGAGUUUCGCGCUUGCAAAUUAUUUUGCAAUCGGACUUUCGGUCAAAACUUUGUCCGAAAGCUGCCAAACCUCGCCAAGCAGAAUUCCUGACGAACGUUCCCCUACGUAUCUAUACAGCAAGGAAUCUGUACAGCGUUUCGGAAGAACCAAAGCUUCGAAAAGGUCCCCCUAUCCGGCUUUACCGCACACACGAUUCUCGGUUACUUGAGCGGCAAAUGUCAGCAAAUAGGAGGACCUCCAUUUCGGAGCCACUCAACCAGGUCCUGCAAUCAAACAGCCUUCAUAUAAAGAACCGUGAGAAAGUCCUUGAGAAGAUCAACCGCAUCUUAGAAGAUGGAGUGCAAAAUGUUCAUGUCAUCAGUGACUUCGAUAUGACGAUCAGCAAAUACUGGGUAAAUGGAGAACGCAACGUAGGGUCGCAUAGGUUACUGGCACUCAGCAGCCGCGUAACAGCAGAGUUUAGAGAAAAAACCGACGCGGUAUAUCGACACUACUAUCCAAUAGAGAUAUCGCGGACUGUGUCACACGAAGACAAAGUUCAGGCUAUGGUGGAAUGGUGGACGAAGGCACACGAAUCCAUUCUUGAAUUGAAACUCACCAAGGAUGAUCUGGAGAGGAUAGCUCACGAAGUGCAAAUAGUGUUGCGCGAGGGAGCCGUGGACUUUGCCGAUCUAUGCGCCAAAAUGGAUGUGCCAUUAUUGGUGUUCUCUGCCGGCCUGGGAGACGCAAUAGAGGCGGUCUUGAAGAACAAGGGCAUGUUGAAGCCAAAUGUGCAUAUUGUAUCGAAUAUGUUACGAUUCGACUCGAAGGGCGUAGGCGUCGCAUUCCAUGAGCCUCUCAUUCACACCUUCAACAAGAACGAAGCCGCUGUGGGAGGCCCGUAUAUUGAAGCGAUCAUAGGGAGGACGAAUGUGAUUCUGAUGGGUGAUUCCAUAGGGGAUCUGCAGAUGGGCGAAGGACUAAAGCACGACGUUCAAUUGACGAUAGGAUUCCUGAACCAUGAUAAGGAUGCCUUGAUAGAUGAGUAUGCCUCCGCGUUUGAUAUUGUAGUUUUAGACGACGGGCCCAUGAGUAUAGCCAUAGAAAUAUUAUCUUUCAUGAAAUGAGAUACUUUCAGCCUCACAUUUGUUAUGCAUCGUCUUUCGCUGAUCGAAGAUUUUGGGUUGCGGGCAUCUUAACGUAAUUCAAGAGUAAGCCACAUGGUCGAAGGGUGAUGUCUAGCAUCCCGCAAUGAAGUGGAACAAACUCCGGUCUAUGCAGCUGAUGUGCAAUAGCCGAGAAUCAAACCUGGGUCUAUGUUGGGCUCGCUCUGGAGGACAGCCUCUCAGAUUUAUCGUACGCUCACAGUCGU